CCCCCCAAGUGUAAGGCUCUGCCGCGCCCCCGCCCUGCCAGCUGCGGUCCUCGUUCCCUCGGCCCCGAGGGGCAAGACAAGCCCUUGGCAGUGCGGCUUUAUGGGCCCCCUUUAAGGCUGGCGGAGGCAUCUCCCGUCCGGCGUGAGCCGUCCCGUCGGGAACAGCGGUGUCGCCUCCGCACGGAUCCCUCCGCGCGGUUAUCUCGCGCUCAUCUCGCUCCCUCUCCGCGCAGUGGCGUGGUGCGAAAAUGCCUCGCCGGGGCGCACCGGGGCGGAAGCCUCGGCAGCGGCGGCGAGAGCUGUGGGAGGGGGCUACAGGGGGGGCGAGGUGAGAGGUGGCGGCGGGCAGAGGGUGUUUUUUUCCUUUUCCCUCCAGAGCGGGGGUUGUAAACCGAAGCCAAAGAGUGUCCCCGUGGGUCGGGUGCACUUUUUUCUUGUCCCGGUGCGCUCAGGGCCGCCUGGUGCCUGAGAGGAAACAGUGGAGGCAGAGGGACAGGUCACCCGGGGCGUCGGCGAUUUUAUUGCGGCCGAGCCGGCGCGCGCCGGGAGAGGCUGGGCGGGCGGUGGAACGCGGGGGCUGGGUGAGGCCCCGCGACCCGCGAGGGAGGCGGCGCGAGGCCGAGGAGACGGGCGCGAGAGCGGAGCAUGAACGCCCAGUAGCCGAGUGCCCGCGGCUGCCCGGCCUCAGAGGCGACGCGCGGGCGGGCGGGCGGCGGCACCAAAGUAGCCCGGCGGACCCAGCGGCGCGAGCAGCCGCCCCAGAGGCCCCCGCGGCAGUGCAGUCGCGCUGAGGCGCGCUCCCUGCCUGCUCCGCGCCGCCCGCCCGCCCGGGGCCGCCCUACCUCGGCCCCCGGCCGCCGCCGCCGCCCCGAUGAGCUCGUACUUCGUGAACCCGCUGUACUCCAAGUACAAGGCGGCGGCCGCGGCGGCGGCCGCGGCAGGCGAGGCCAUCAAUCCCACUUACUACGACUGUCACUUCGCGCCCGAGGUCGGCGGCCGCCACGCCGCAGCCGCCGCCGCCUUGCAGCUCUAUGGCAACAGCGCCGCGGGCUUCCCGCAGGCGCACGCGCACCCGCACCCUUCGCCGCCGCCCGCCAGGCCGGGUUGCGGUGGUGGGGGCGGCCCGGGUCCCGGCCAAGACUACUUCCACCCCGGCGGGGGCAGCCCAGCCGCAGCCUACCAGGCCGCCCCCCCGCCGCCGCCGCCGCCGCCGCCUCCCCCCUGCGGCGGGAUUGCCUGUCACGGGGAGCCCGCGAAGUUUUACGGAUACGAUAACUUACAGAGACAGCCGAUUUUUACGACCCAGCAAGAGGCCGAGCUGGUACAAUAUCCUGACUGUAAAUCGUCCAGUGGUAAUAUUGGCGAGGACCCAGACCACUUAAAUCAGAGCUCGUCUCCUUCUCAAAUGUUUCCCUGGAUGAGACCACAAGCUCCUGGUAGACGAAGAGGAAGACAAACCUACAGUCGUUUCCAAACCCUAGAGCUGGAAAAGGAAUUCCUUUUUAACCCUUAUCUGACCAGGAAGAGAAGAAUCGAGGUUUCCCACGCCUUAGCCCUCACCGAGAGACAGGUAAAAAUCUGGUUCCAGAACAGAAGAAUGAAAUGGAAAAAGGAGAACAACAAGGACAAAUUCCCAGUUUCCCGACAGGAGGCAAAGGAUGGGGAAACCAAAAAGGAAGCCCAAGAGCUGGAGGAAGAUCGAGCUGAAGGCCCGACAAAUUAACUUCUACCUUUAAAGUUUUACCGCAGACUAUUAAAACUAAUGGUCAGCAUAUGCUGGUGGACACCACCUAUUUUCUUUGUUGGAAAGGACUUUACCUGUAUUUCAAGCUACCUUCAUGUCACUGCUCUUGAGGUUUCUGCGCUUUGAGAGGGAUUUGGGUGUUGCAAAAAGUUUCUAGUGUCACAUAGAAACAGCGGUUGAGCUGUCCUAUGUAAGAGUAAUUUGAUACUGACCUUGUAGCUAUAUUUUUAUAAUGGUAGUUUUUAAUGUCUGAGCUGAUGAUUUUGCCUCAACAACAUAAACUUCCUAAUGAUUAGCACUAAGUAAUUGAAUAUAAAAUGCUUUAUUAAUCAAACAAGUGCACUUGAACAUUUUAAAUCUUUUCUUUAUGGUGAGUAAAUUAAAAGAAGUCUAUUAAUUUUUUAAAAAAAAUUAUGCCUGCAGAAUAUUUACUUUAUAUUAUUUGAUUAAAAUGUAUUAUUUAUGUUUUUUCUUUCUGCUUUUAUAAUGAAUGGUUCGGGUGCCUUUUGUUUACUCCUAAAAGAUUUCUUUGAGUAUUUUGUAAAUGUAAUAUCUCUGGGAAAAAGUCUGGGCCAAAUAUUCGAAAAGCACAUGUUAGCUGAAGAGUGUAAUGUGUAGUCCUGGCUCUGCAGCUUCCUUAAACUUGGGGAAAAAUGUUGGGCCAGUGACAGAAGUUUCAGGACAAUGUUAAAGUUGACAUUUAAUAAUUUUUCUAUAGUUUAUACAAAUUAUGGCAAUUUAAUCAUCUAAAGUGAAUGAAUACUUGAAAAGCCUAUUAUAACUUUCACUUAUAUAGUUUUUACUCUGGCGAAUCGCCUUGUGGAAAGCUUUUCAUUGCUGAAUUUGCUUUCGUUUUGAACCGCGCUUGGUAUCGCCUGAAAUUGCUAGGUCUCUAUGCUGUGGCAGUCGCUGUGAUUCUGUUUUUUGAGGAGGUGCCAUAUUUAUUUGUAUUCCCUUCUCUCUGUUUGCAUGCCCAUUGUGAGCCAACUUGCUCUGCACAUCUCAGAUAUCGGUUGGUACGUCCUCUGCUGUUCUCCAGGUUGGCCUCACUUAUUUGAAACAAGCCCUGAGAGUAAAUGCAGAAAAAUCUGAGUGUAAACAACUGCUCCAGAACAAAGCUAGCUCCUUAAUAAAAGAAAUGAAUCUUU